AUGGAAGACAAAGUUGCGAAUAUUGGAAAGGCAAAGGAUUUGUUAGUGACAAUCAACAUUGACCGGAAUGUCUACCCGGUACAACAGCCGUGUCGACGACUACCAAUACCGUUGCAGAAGACUGUUGACGGGGAAAUCCAAAAGCUCCUCGAACAAGGCAUCAUUGAACCAGCUACAGGUAAGAUCACUUGGGCUUCUCCUUUGGUUGUCACACCCAAAGACGGAGGGCGUCGGGUGCGUUUAUGCGUGGAUAUGCGCAAGGCAAAUACAGCGAUCAUUCCACAACGACACCCCUUGCCUACUUUCGAGGAAUUGAUGCCAUAUUUGAACGGAUGUAAAUAUUUCUCCAAGAUCGAUUUGAACCAAGCUUUUCACCAGCUGGAACUCACCCAUGAGUCGCGAGAAAUCACAACAUUCGUCACCUCUAAGGGGUACUUUCGUUUCAAAAGAUUAAUGUUUGGAAUGAAUUGCGCGGCUGAGAUUUUCCAGCGAGAGCUUGAAAAGAUCCUUAAGGGCUUGGAAGGAGUUGUGCAUUUCAUCGACGACAUUUUAGUUUCUGGGCGUACGAAAACUGAGCAUGACCGAAGAGUAGCUGCGGUAAGAAAGCGACUAAGAGAUCAUGGAUUAACCGUGAACGAAGGAAAGUGUCAGUGGGGACAAAAGAGAGUGACGUUUCUAGGACACGAGCUUUCUGAGGAUGGUAUCUUGCCAACGGAGCAGAAAAUUAGUGCAGUAAAAUCGUUCAGGCGUCCAGAAACAGCAGAAGAGGUGCGUAGCUUUUUAGGGCUCGCUAACUAUGUGGGAAAAUUCAUCCCUCAUCUAUCCACUAUCAGUGCACCACUGCGUGCAAUAAUACGAAAAGGAGUUCACUUCCAAUGGACUAAGGAAGCAAACAAAUCAUUCGUCGAGAUUAAGGAUGCUCUGUCCAACCCGCGGCAUCUUGGAUUCUACAAUGCGGACAGCGAUACCACAUUAGUUGUUGAUGCAAGUGCGACAGGUCUUGGGGCGGUGUUACUGCAAAGCGACAAUGACAAACGACGAGUGAUCAGUUAUGCUAGUAAGAGUUUGUCAAGAACGGAGCAGAAGUAUUCGGUGCUAGACAAAGAAGCGAUGGCGAUCUACUGGGGAAUCGGACGUUUCGAAAUGUACUUGAGAGGAAAAUAUUUCACCGUGAUCACCGAUCAUAAGCCGCUGGUGAGAAUAUUCGCCACCGAUUCAGCUCCUAAUGCACGACAGCAAAGAUGGGUUCUGCAACUACAGGGAUAUAGUUUUAAGUUGGUGUAUGCUGCUGGGAAAAGCAACAUAGCCGAUCCGUUGUCCCGAUUAGCUCAAGACGAUGGCUGUCGUAGUAAUGACCGUGACUGUGAAAGUGAUCUAUGUGCCACGAUUGAAAGUGCCUUACCAUCCACGAUGUCAAUGACAGAAGUUAUCCAACACUCAGAAAAUGAUGCCGAGUUCCGGAAAGUUCGCGAUGCAAUCAACGCUGGAAAAUGGAGUUGUGAACUAAAGCAGUACUUGCCGUUCCAAAAUGAGCUGUGCUGUGUGAAUCAAGUUAUUUUGCGACUAAACAAAAUAGUAGUUCCUGAGAGUCUCCGUGGAAGGAUUUUGGAUCUUGCUCAUAGUGGUCACCCAGGCAGCAAUAAAAUGAAGCGGCGACUGCGAGCAUCCGUAUGGUGGCCGGGAAUAGACAAGGAUGUGGAGCAGAGAUGUAAGAAGUGUAUCGAAUGCCUAGCCGUUGGAACGGGUUCUAAUCCGGAACCACUGCAGAUUCGAACAAUGCCUUCGAAGCCAUGGAGCCACCUGAGUGCAGAUUUUCUUGGACCACUUCCGAGUGGAAGAUUCCUAUUCGUACUGGUAGAUUACUACAGCCGAUAUUGUGUGGUGGAAAUAAUGUCCACUACGACUUCCGCAGCCGUUAUACAGCGUUUGGAGCGUAUAUUCACUCGACUCGGACUACCCGAUGUACUGACUACGGACAACGCAGCCAAUUUCUGCAGUCAGGAGUUUAAGGAUUUUUGCGUCGAUAACGGGAUCAAGCUUGCCCACACUACACCGUACUGGCCGGCUGCAAAUGGUGAAGUAGAGCGGCAGAACCGCUCGAUUUUGAAGGUUUUGAAAAUCGGACAGAUGAAAGGAGAAACGCUGGAGCGAUGUCUGCAAGAAUACCUAUAUAUGUACACGGUCACACCUCAUUCCGUGACCGGUGUAUCACCAGCGGAGUUGAUGUUUGGGAGAAGGUUCAGAGAUAAAUUCCCACAAAUAAGUGAAGACCCGAUAUUAGAAGACGAGAUUAAAGAUCGGGACCUGAUGCAUAAGUAUCAAGCCAAAUUGUAUCGUGACAAAAGAGUGAAUGCACAAGAAUCGAAUAUCGGAAUUGGAGACCAGGUGUUAAUGAAGCAGCAACACAGAAUGAACAAGCUUGCUCCAAACUUUCAUCCUGAACCAGCUGUGGUAAUCGACAGAAAUGGAAGCAACGUAAUAGUCCAAACAGAAAAAGGUGAGAUUUAUCGGCGAAAUUCUUCACACCUCAAAAGGAUUCCGCAAGACUCGAUCGACCAGAGUGGUUCGGUCAAGGGUUCGGUGGAUAUACAGCAAGGAUCCAGCUCGUCAAAUUCCAGCAAGUAUGGCCGAGUAUCAUCAGCAACCACAUGCACCUCUAUACAAAAGAACCAUUUACCAGAAUCUGCUGAAGCAGGCGAGGAGGAUACGGAGAACAUUCUAACUCGUUCAACAGAGCUGACGGGUAGUACAGUCCGACCCAGACGUCAAUCAAAGGUUCCGGUAAAGUAUAAAGAUUAUGAGAUGUAA